AUGUCGGAGUCACCAGAGAAAAGCGAGAGGUUCAGUCCAGGGUUCAUGCCGCCGGAGGAGAGGGACAAAGAGAGCUGGUUGGCAGAGGAAGAAGGAGGAGCGGGAGAUGAGAGCGUGGACGCUCCUCCAGGGACAAGGACUGCCCCCCACGACAAGCCCGUCGUCCUCCUCCACCGCCUUCAGUCCUUCAACCUCCCGUUCAAGGGCCGGUUGUCCGACCACUACACCAUCCUUGAUCCGUGGUCCUCGCCCGACCUGCCGGAUUCCUUCCUCGCCUGCCACGGCCCCUCCGUACGCGCCCUCCUCUGCGUUGGCCCCAGCCCCCUCCCAUCCUCCACCCUCCGCCUCCUCCCCUGCCUCGAGCUUGUCGUCGGCCAUAUCGACCUCCCCGAGUGCCGGCGCCGCGGCAUCUCCGUUACGAACGCCGGGCCUGCGUUCUCCGAGGACGUUGCCGACUACGCUGUCGGGCUGCUGCUCGACGUUUUGAGGAGGGUCUCGGCAGGUGACCGCCACGUGCGGAGCAGGCAGUGGGCUAAGGAAGGAGCUUUCCCACUUGGUUCCAAGUUAGGUGGGAAGCGUGUGGGGAUCGUGGGAUUGGGCAACAUUGGGUCCCAAGUAGCGAAAAGACUGACGGCGUUCGGCUGUGAAAUCGCCUACAUCUCGAGGAAGGAAAAGCCGUCGGCUCCUUUCCCCUACUACUCCACCAUCCUCGACCUUGCCGCUAACAGUGACAUUCUCGUACUUUGCUGCGCUCUCACAGAUGAUACCCACCACAUUAUCAACAGAGACGUCAUGACCGUGCUGGGAAAGCAUGGGGUGAUAAUCAAUGUAGGACGGGGCGCUCUCAUCGACGAGAAGGAACUGGUCCAGUUCCUUGUGGGAGGAGAUCUUCGCGGGGCAGGCCUGGAUGUGUUCGAGGAUGAACCAAAUGUGCCGAAGGAGCUGUUCGAUCUGGACAAUGUUGUGCUGUCUCCACACGUUGCAGCUACCACCCCUGAAUCCUUCCAGAUGUUGGAAGACCUCGUCGUGUCAAACUUGAAGGCUUUCUUCACGAAUAAACCUCUGUCCGCACUCGUCUAGUACAAGAAUCCAUUUAUCCGUCGCUCUUCCAGCUGAGGCGAAAUGUUUUCCGCCCUAAGAUUAGAUACAAGUCCCCUAAAUAAUGCUGGAGCAUCGAGGCGGAUGGCAUUCCUUGUGUUGGUACAUUCUUUUACAAAGCUAGUGUGGAUGGAUUACUGUCUUGUUGGUACUUGGAAGAAGAUCCUCAUGAAGCUCAAACCAUGAAUCAUUAAUGCAAUCGAAGAAUUCUCUAA